ACAAGUUUCUCCAUGGUAUUACCGUCAGUCUUUGUGAUCAAUUGUAAACUUUGGACCUGUACUUCAGAAGGCAGAAAGAAUGGCCCUGACAUGAGUCCAGGAAUUUACAUAAGCUUCUGGAUGUAAGGCUGUGACACUUCUAACAACUCUCACACAAACAAAUGUCCCAAUGGACCGAAGGACACUGCCAACACCUCAACCAAUAAGGACAACAAAUACCAUUCAGAACAUGGAAAAGAAAAUUGUGUUAUAUAUCAACAGAAAGGCACAAAAAUUGUUACAGAUAACAAGAGGAUACGUUACGACAUUUCCGAAGUCUACGUGUGUAAUUUUAUUCAUUAUACGGCCAUUAUACAUGGUGCCAAAGACUGAUUUCAUCAGAUUGAUCACUAAGGGGAGAUAAUACAGAUUCUGUCACGACUUCCCGCUACAUGUAAUUCCCUGUUACUGAUGGUAUUGAACUGAGUACGGAGCUCUCCCGCGGGAGAGAUUAAAACUGGUCAUUAUUGAUGCAAGUUGACAGAGAGUAACAGAGAGUGUAUAGACAGGUCCUAAUUGGAGCUAGUGGUGCGGGUUUCCAGCAGCCGCAGCAGUAUCAAUACAGAGGACCAGACAUCUAUAGUCAACCGGUGACAGACAGACGUCGGCGUGGAGAUGUCGACUAAACAUCUGACUAUCAUAGCGUUAGUCCACACUGUACUCAUUUUCCCAAACCUUCCAAAUUUAGUAAGAGCAAUACCCGGUAUCACUGAAAUCACAUCUAAACCCCUGGAGGGUAGGGACGGAAGAGAUGGGGCUGGGGAUGAAAGUGAAUCCCUCUCUGAGACAACAAAAUUACAGUCAAAUCUGUCAAGCAAUAUACAGGCUGAAAAACCAAUAUCAUUGUCUCCUUCCAAUAUGUCGUCAAAUGAUAGAACAGCCUCCCAGAAUAUAUCCUAUUCACUGAUUUCCACUCUGCUGCCUGUAUCGGCUGCAUUAAAGAGUCCAAGUAAUUUUACUACAAGCACAUUCCAGUCACAGCAGCCAUUCCUCAAUGUGUCCCCAACUCCGUCGGCUAGCCUCUCCCCUCGUAUUGUCAAUGAAACCUUCCAGAUCUUCCUUAACCCGCCAUCAAUCAAUGGGCUGCAAGUGAAUACUAAUCACACCAUCAUCUUCAACUGUACUACGACAUCAGGCUGGAGUGCGACGACGACACAUCAAUAUGAUGAUAAUAAUAAUGCUAAUACCAAUACGACGAACAACGGUUCUUCUCUGCCACCACACCAUGCGGCCUCUGUCCAGAACGUUGCCACUGACGGCAAUGGCAGCACUACUCCUAUAACAAGACGUUGGUACGAAGCCGUCAUUCAAACCAGCAAUGGCAAAGUGGCCAAGUUGUACAAAUGGGACAAAAAUAAGAAACGGAGCAAUUACUAUGACAAUAGUGACUAUCUUUAUGACAGAAUUCGAAUGCAUGUUCGUCUCAAUGAGGAGUAUAACUUUACCGUAGAGGCGAUGCAUAUAGGUUAUGUGACCAUGUCAGUUACACUGUUAGAUCUCGACAGCGAACAAGCAGCUAAAGAAGGGGUAUACAAAGCAUUAUCCCACGCCAAACUCGCCAUGGCUACUGUUAGGGCAGAAAAAACAGCAGACUUUGUGUUUGAUUGUUCUGCGGCCGCGGUGGCCAUUCUCAUCAGUUUUGGAAUCGGAUGUGUUACAGACACUGAGAGUCUAAAACGUCAGCUCAAAUACCCAAUGUCCAUUCUCAUUGGCGUAUGUUGUCAAUUUCUUCUAAUGCCAGUGCUUGCCUUCGGGAUAGCCAUGAUGUUACCUCUGGAACGAAACAUUCGGUUUGGACUGCUAUGUGUGGCUUGUGUCCCGGGAGGUGGACUCGGCCAUGUUGCAGUCGUCGUCAGUCAGGCUGACCUACCUCUCAGCCUUGCUAUGAAUCUUCUAAGCAUCAUUGUCAUGCUAGGUACAGCUCCAAUGUGGAUAUCUGUGCUUGGACAAUAUUUUCAACAGAAAAGUAUCUCAAAAGUGAUAUACAACUUUGAGAUCUGGCUGGCCUCAACAUUCUUCGCUUACACCGCAGGACUUGUGAUUAACCGGUUCAAACCAGGUAUGGCGGACGCAUUACUGACCUGGAUCAUCAAACCAUUCCUCCUACUAGCAACGAUAUUAUACAUUACAUUAGGAGUAUAUAUAAAUAUGUACGUGUUCGACGAUAUCGAGAUUUACGCUGUAUUAGCUGCACUUCUACUUCCAAUAACAGCUUUUGCCAUAACCUUUGGUCUUUCAAAGGCGUUCCGCCAAAAACCAAAAUUUUGUCAAUCUGCUGCACUAGAAACUUCUAGUUUCAACUGCCUAAUAGUGCUGGCUGCAAUACGGUUUACACUUCCAAAACCUGAUGCAGAUUUGGCAUCGGAAAUACCAAUGUGGAUCAUGUUCACAAUUCCUGGGAUGUAUGUGCUUCUUUCUGUAAUUCGUGUGAUCAAAAAUUUUAUUUCAAAUUUCCUGGAAAGUCGGAAGCAGCAACAAUUUCGUCAUUUUAGCAUUGCAUCAGGUAUAGUAAAUCAGGCCAAUAUGGCUGCCUUAUCAGCACCGCUAUUUGUGACUGAGGUAACAGACGAUGAACAAGGCUCUGUGAGUGAAAAAAUUACUGUGUUAUAGCACAAAAAAUGUGUUAUGGAGCAGCAGAAAAUAGUACGUGAUAUUGUGUCAUCUUAGAUGAAUAUAAACUCAUUGUUUAUUAUAUAAUGUAUCAUAAAUAUAUAAAUGUGUGUAUUGGAAAAAACAAUUAUGAUUUAUCUCAAUUCCAGGAAUAGACGUUACCAUGAACAUAUUUGGAAUAAUUAGUUCCAUGUGAUUUUUUUUUUUUUUUUUCAUUUCUUAAUGGUGACUACAUGUGCUUUUUGAUUUCAUAAGUAUCUUGAGUUGAUAACGGGAAAGUUUCCCCUGAUAUUCCAAUUAUGUUUGAUGUGCAUACAACAAAAACGUGUUAAAUAUUAAACCUAUUUCAAGCUUCCGAAAGACCAUGAUCAUGAUCUCAUUCAUAAUGCUCAUUAUACUUGUUAUGUUACCCAAAAAGGAAACAAAAAAAAACAAAAACAAAAAAAAAAGUCUGACAAUAUGAUUCCCCACCAGACAUAAACUCCAUUUAUGUAAUUUUAAAACUUGAUUUUGUCCACAAGACGAUCAGUUUUUUUCUAUA